AUGUUUGGGUCACUCACAAAUCUCUCGUGUUUCUUUCAUUGCAAUUUGCGUCUUUAAUAACUACGUCUGCGAGACCCAAAAAGCUUUUCCAUUGUCAAGUAGCUUAAGCUUUAUGUGAGUCUGUGCAGUCUGGGAAAGAGGCCCACUACACUCCACUUUUCACGGUCACGUCUCAGAUGAAUUGACGGAUCAUGGUUUUCGUAACUGCUCGUAAUUUGGGAUAGGUUUCAACUUUUACAUUUUCUCAUAUUGCUGACGUCUCUGCUGCUACUCUGCUUGAAACGAAAAUUUCUCGGCCUUUGAAAGUGAGGAGUAGGUAACGGCAUUUAUGCAAGGACUGAAAGUAAGGACACUGACUGAUACAGUAAGAAAUUACGAUGAUGGGAUGGAUGUAAGGACAUCUGAGUUGAAAGAUUUCUUGCUUGUAAAGAUCGGUCGGGAAAGCUCGGGAUUUACUGUGAUGGAGCAGAGAAGACCGUUAAUCUUGUGAGAAGUUUCAGUAUUUAUGGGGAUUGAAAAAAUUACGAUGAUGGAUUAGAUGUAAGGACAUCCGAGUUGAAAGAUUUCUUCUAAAGAGUGGCAUUUACUGUGGUGGAGCAGAGCCGACUGUGGAAAGCUCGGCAUUUACUGUGAUGAUGGAGCGGAGAAGACCGCUAAUCUUGCGAAAAGUUUCAGUAUUUAUUGCGAUGGGAAAAUUACGAUGAUGAAAUAAAUGUAAUGAAAUCUGAGUUGAAAGAUUUCUUCUGAAGAUCGGUCGGCAAAGAUCAGCAUUUUCUGUGAUGGAGCGGAGAAGAGCGGAAAGCUUGGCAUUUACUGUGAUAGAGCAGGGAAGACCGUUGAUCUUGCGAAAUGUUUCAGUAGUUAUUGCGACGGAAAGAAUCCAGAGGUGUAAAAAUUUUCAACUCCUGUGUUUUUGAUGUCUGAAAAGUAGGGUUGGAUAUUUCAGCAUUUACGUCGACCGAAGGCAGGGGAUUGAAUGGUGUGGGAAGUUGUAGGUGAAGACAGUGGAAGAGCGAUGGAGAAAAGAGGCGGUGUGGAAGUGGAAGAAGACAAAGGCGGGAAGAUUUUAGCCAGCUAUGUCGGAAUUGCGUGUGCUUUAGCAGUUGUAGGUUUGCGAGUCCCGAGAUCGAGUGCCGGGAAGGAGAGGGUACUAGGAAGUGUGUGUCGGUGUGAGUGGGAGGUAGAAAAGAGUAAUCUUGUGAGAAAAAUUGACCAAGCGUUAGCAGAGGUUGAAGAAAUGAAGAAACGCAGAUGUGAGGAUGCUAAGGCUAACGACAAAGUGGCUGCCAUGUUUGCUGCUCGGACACAUCAGUGGAAGGCAGAAAGAAAUCAACUCAGAAAGCAAUUGGAAAUGCUUUUGAAGCAAUCGGAGGUUCUUGAAAGAAGUCCAAGCCCCUGUCCGCAGUGCACGAGAAAAGAGGAGAUGAUUGCAGGUUUGGAGGCCAAAUCCCUGCAAUUGAAUAAAGAACUUAUUCGUGCCUUUGAUCAGAUAGAGUCUUGUGAGAGAGAGCGUAAAAAUAUCUUCGAGGAAAAGGAAGAGAUAACACAGAAGUUUGCUAAAUUGCUGAAGGAUGAUGAAGAAAAAGGACAAAUUAUCUCUUGUCUGUUGAGGAAAUCUGGGGAGAAAGAUGAGUUUGGCAGAGAGCUUUCGAUAAUGGAAACACAGAGAAGGCAAGGAGAUUGGACGGGGCUUGAUAAGUCUCUGUAUGCUGCCCACAUUAAACAAAGGCAUUUGCAGGAGCUGGAUGCAUUUGAGAGGCAAAUGAGAGCUAAGGAUGAGAGAAUGGAGGCUUUUCGCCAAAAAUUGCUCCUAAUGGAAGAUGUGACGGAAAAAUUGAAGGCAGAGAAUGCGGGUCUGGCUCAAAGUUUAGAACAGGCGAAGCUCAAAAUCGCGGAAUUGGAAGUUCUGUUGGAGGACAAAGACUCAAUUUUAAAGUCGGACAGCUUCCAGGAGAAAAAUAGAGCAUUUUAUGCGUCCGGGGAUGGCUGGCGGAAAGUCGAUGGUAAUGCAAAGAUCAAGCUGGAAAAGGAAGCAGAAGAAGCUAAAAGCUUUAGUGGUGUGCAUCAAGCAGAAUAUACAGGAAAAGGUCUUAGGUCUUUUGGGAUGAAUGAACAUGAAAACUAUUAUGAAAAGCAGAAAGAAAGAUUGCGAUCUCUUCUAGUGACAAGCGAAUCAAUGCCAAAAACUUAUCUGGACGGUUCCAUAUUUGUUGGCAAGCACAAGCUAUAUUCUGAAGAGAUGGAUCAUAUUCUGCCGGUGGAAGAUGUCCAUCUAAAAUAUCUCAUUGAAGAAGCUACUCAAGCAUUCAAUUCUGGAUGCAAGUUAUCUUCUCUGGAAGGCGCAAGAAAGACUAGUGAAAAAACACGAGUGGGUAGUUUUUCAGAGACUUACGAAACAGAGAAGGAUGAUUCAGAAGUAGAGAGGAAUCAUCCUGAAGAUUCGCCAGUUGUUGUUGAUAAGCAUGUUUCUGAAACUCUUCAAUUCAAUCAAACAGAAACUGAGUUUGAACUCCAAUCAGGGUUGGGUUUCGUUGGUGAAAGGCAGAAAGGUAGGGCAUCUUCUUUGGCAGAUACAGAAUCUCAGAUAACAAUGUUGGGGCACAACGGACAGCUAAAAGGAAAAACUGUUUCUGAAGACCUUUAUUUGGCCUACAAGACAUUAGCUACAACACUUGAGAUUGUUCACCCUGGAAAAGAACCUGAUGGCCAGGUUGCCGAGCAAAGCACAUCUCAACUGCAAACAGCUCCUGGUGUUAGCUUCCUGGCAAAGAAAGACGAUGACAUAGCGUUUGAUGCUAUGUCUUACCUGACACACAUGCUACAAAGGGAUUCUUCCUGGAAUAAGGCUGGAGUUCUGGAAGUAUCCUCAGAGGUUAAAACCCUUGAGCACGAAUUACUGCAGCUGGAGAAUAUAGCCAAAACAAUGGAAACAAAAUGUAAUGGAUCCAAAGAUGGAAAAUCGAUUACAAAUGUAUUUUCUGACAAUGGAAAUGAAAACAGGCAAAUUGAAUUGAACCAAACAGCUCUUUCUUCCAUUCGUGUGCUAAAGAAACAAGUAAAGAGAUAUCAGGCUGUAAUAGGAAAAAUUGAUGACUUAUGCAGGAGAAUGAAUGAUAAAGAUCCAGUGCACAUUAUUAGUGGCACUAGAACAAGGGAAUAUAUUGCAGCACAAGAGUUGUUUCUUAUGGAAACAGCUCAGCUUCAACGUUAUGUGGUAGCUAUGGGACAGAAAUUGACGGCAGUGCAAUCAGAUAUUGCACGUAACUUGUUAGCUUUGAAUAGUGAUGUUGCUGUUCCUGCCAACUUCAAUGUGAGGCAGUCAAUUGUGACUAUAAAAAUUAAUUUGAAGGAGAUACAAAGAAGUUUGGAAAUCAAGUUGGCCAGAAUCAUUGGUGACCUUGAGGGAACAUUAGCGCGUGAUGGAAUACUACAUGUAAUGCCAGUGGAAUGGAGAAGAGAGCAUAGCCCGAUUUCUGGAAAGAGCAAAACAGGAAGUCACUUCUCAAAGACGAAACAGUGACUGUAUUUAAAUUCCUUAAUCGUGUGAUUAAUGUAUUUGUAUAUACACCUGGUAUAUAUUAUUAACUUUUAACAUCAAAGAACCAUCCAUGUUAUCAAUUCA